AUGAUUAUAUUUUUUGAAACACUAUCGACCACAAAGAAACUGCCUCUCGAUUCAGUGCAGUCUCACAUGCAAAGCGUGGCAGACACCUUUUCAAGCAUUACUAUGGAUCAAUAUCACACUCACCCAAAAUACCAGUUAUAUCUCAAACACGGGCAUCUUGUACGAAAACUCACUCUAAAGCCCACUCGCGCAACAGAUUCACAACUUCUGACCCUACAGAAACUCUUGCCCAACUUACGCUACAUAUACUUUGAUUGGCUAAAUUAUAAAGCAUUAUCUACAACAACAGCAAAAAAAAAAUCAUCAAGCAGACGCAAAUAUAAAAGUAGCAAAAUGUGGCAACACAUCACAACAUUGUGCCAAUUAAAGCAAAACAGUCUGAUAGAAGACGAGCACCAGCACCAAUAUCAACAUCAACAUCAACAUCAGCACCAGCGCCAGCACCAAUACAUUCCUAUCUGGCGACAGCUCAGACUCCUCAAUACAAAAAUCCGACGGAUAUCUCACAAAGUUUGCCCAAGUUAUAAUGAACUACAAGGACCAGAGUUACGACAAUUCCAAGACGGGAACAGAGAAUUUAUCAGCAUGUUCUCGAGUACUUUAGAGUCAUUGUCCAUCGAUGCCUAUAUAAGACGCACGCUGUCUACCAAACUCACCAACAUAAUAGACUAUAGUCCCUGUCUGACCGAGCUUUACAUCAGCGCGUUUGGAAUAACGCUGAAACUAGAUGAAGUUCUGGCCAGCUUUCCUGCGUUAAAAACAAUUGGAAUCCAGCACUCUGACCUCCGUCUGGGCAAGAAUUUCCCCGAGUGUCCAACGAACCACGGUUUGACCAAGAUCAUAGCAAUUUCUGUGUGGACAGACGUCAGGACUCACAAUCGUCUGUCGCUACAGUGUCGACAGUCAAAUUAUCUUUGUUUCAAGGGAGUCCGGGUUGAAGGUUCGGUUUGUCCUACCACAGGAAGGAUAUCCAUCGACAUUGCAUACACUAUUGGACUCGUUGCAUUGUCAGUGCGCAGUCCAAAGGCACUACAAAUUCUAGACUCUAAAGACCAUGAUAAUUCCCGGUCACAAAAGGAGGAAGAAGAAGACGACAAUGACAACGACAACGACGAAUCAAGAGAGUGGAUCUGGUUUCAUAUACAACACACCACUAGAGACCCAUUUUCAGGAUAUAUCGUACGCCAACUAGAGCAGGAUGAGUCACAAGAAGUUAUGGAAUAUUUUGCAAACUAUAAGCUACAGAAGGAGCAGGAAUCUAAUCCACCCGAUAGAAGAAUCGAUUUCCAACUAUCGCCAGUGAGGAAGUGGGAAUAUGCUCUUAGACUAGGUUAUGCUUUAUUCAAGUGUGGCUCAAUUGCAGAGUAA